AGUAGACAAUCAGAUGACUCAGAGGCUGGAGCUAAGCGGCCCCGGACCACCAUCACAGCAAAGCAGCUGGAGACGUUGAAGAACGCCUAUAAGAACUCCCCUAAGCCCGCCCGGCAUGUGAGGGAGCAGCUGUCCUCGGAGACAGGCCUGGACAUGAGGGUUGUACAGGUUUGGUUUCAGAACAGAAGGGCCAAGGAGAAGCGACUGAAGAAGGACGCGGGGCGGCACCACUGGGGGCAGUUCUACAAGAGCGUCAAGAGGAGCCGGGGAGGCAGCAAGCAGGAGAAGGAGAGCUCCACGGAGGACUGUGGGGUUAGUGACAGUGAGCUGAGCUUCCGAGAGGAUCAGAUUCUCUCAGAACUUGGCCACACCAAUAGGAUUUAUGGCAACGUGGGGGACGUUUCAGGCGGACAGUUAAUGAAUGGGAGCUUCUCCAUGGACGGGACAGGACAAUCCUAUCAGGACUUGAGGGAUGGGAGCCCCUAUGGAAUCCCCCAGUCUCCAUCCUCCAUCUCGUCCCUGCUAUCCCACGCUCCUUUGCUCAAUGGGCUGGAUUACACGGUGGACAGUAACUUGGGCAUCAUUGCGCACGCAGGGCAGGGAGUAAGCGAGACGCUGAGAGCCAUGGCUGGGGGACCCACCUCUGACAUCUCCACAGGAAGCAGUGUAGGCUAUCCCGACUUUCCGACUAGCCCGGCCUCUUGGCUCGAUGAAAUGGAUCAUCCUCCUUUUUAA